AUGGCGUCGUCUUCUGCCAAUGCAACUCCUUCCAAGCCCCCAUCCAUGGCCCCCACAAAUGAUCCCAAGACUGACAAUUGCGUCAUCUGUUAUGAUGUGCUCUGCGAGCGAGAUCACGUUGAGCUAAAGUGUCACCAUAUCUUUCACCACGACUGUGCCUGGCAGCAUGCGCACUCGCUCAGCGCCACCUGCCCCCUUUGUCGCGCCGAACUGGCGGUCAUCAACUACUUUGACACGGCAGGCCAUUCCAAGUCGCUCGACUCUACCCCUUGGCCCGCAUUCCUCGAAAGCCGCGCCGAACGUCGGCGCCAAGUGGACUUGGGUCUGCCCAACUUACUAAUGCAAAUGUUGUUUUUUGGCGCGGCCAUGCCCCCUUCUUUUCUCAUCCGGGAAAGCGACAGCAAUGAUGGUGCUCCACACCUCGUCAUGGCCUUUCAGGGUCAUGGACCCGAUGCCGAAGCCGAAUCUACCACGCCGUCUGCGACCCAGCAACGAAUUUCCCGACUUCGAAACCGCAUCAGAGAAAACAGUCGCGAAGCUCAAGCCCGCAUGUUUGCACGGCGCAACGCAAGUGCUCCCCGUCGGUUUUCUCGCUCAACCCCGGCCUCAAACCCAUCUGCCCAAGCUGAAGCGGAAUCGCAAGUCGGUAUGCCCUCGAUCCCAGCGAUAGAGGGCCGCUUUGACUUUGCCAGCUUCCUGCGCAAUGCGCUGGCUGACCGCUUGCCGAGCCCCGAUCAGCGCUCAAGCUCAGCGACAACAGCGACAACACCGCCCACCACGACACCGAUUGGCGGUGUCACCUCUACGGCCACCGCUGCUGCCGCCGCCGCCUCCUCCUCCUCCUCCUCCUCCUCAACCACGACCAUGACCACAACCAACGCGGAGCCUUUUUCGCCAAACGAGACUCGCGUCCGUUUGCGCAUCACCAGACGCCGUUCCCUCCGCCAUCGUCCCCAUCACCAGCCGCCCGAACGCCCAUCAACCUCGCGCCUAACAUCUCCACGCCCGGCCACCCGUUCGGGCCUCACAGCUCAAGGAGGCGUCCAAGCACUGUCAUCUUCGCCCGCGUCGACGGUGCGAGAGCUCCCCUUUGCUCCAUUCGCCCCACUUGAACCACGUUUUGCUUCCGUGGAGGCAGCACUGCCCAGUCAACGUCCAGAAGCCCCCGCUCCGUUAUUGGAGGAUCCAUUUCUGCGCGCCCCGUCACCACCCAACUUUCUCUUUACUCUUUCUACGACAAACGAUUACCACUCAAACGACUUGUUCUGUGCAUCCACCCCCUUCACGGCCAUGUCAGGCGGUGUGCACGAAGCUUCCGAGGCGUCAUCUGAUUCUGGUGAACGCCUUGCAAAGCGUCGCCACCCUAGCGUAGACUCAACGUCCAUGACCUCCGGCAACGAGGCCAGAAUUGCCACUUCCCCAAGCACCGGUACCCCUGCCCCCCGUCGAGUCUGUCGGUUGGACGCCAGCAUGGAUGAGGAGCUUCGGGCCUUGGUGGAGGCCGAGGUUGCGGCUUUUCGGCGUGAACGAUCGAUGGUCGAUGCACCGAAACAUCCCAGGGCCAGCGAAACAGAGCCGAAAGCCACGCCGACACCCUCAUUUGCAGCGAAAGCAGAUACGGAACAGCGUGUCAUUGACAUUGAGCCGCGAUUUUUUGGCUAUGUGUGCGGCCCGCGCCGAAGCCAUCUGGAGAGAUGGCAGACAGCCUAUCCGGACGUGCGGGUAGACGCACCAAAGGGCUACGAUGACCAAACCAGCUUUCUUGUGCUCACCGGUAUGACCCAUCAGCUCAACGCUUUGGAAGCAGAAAUUCAAGCCAAGGUGGAAAAGUAUGUUCCCCGCCAGAUGCUCAAAUCCGUCUGCUGCGGCAAAGAAUCGGAAUGGCCUCUUCUCAAAUGGAUGACCCACGGCGGCGUUUGCAGAGCCCGUCACACGGCGCAGCGGCAGCGCAGCCGGAUCUGCAAAUCUUUUUUGCAAUCUACGAGCACGUCACACCUUGUAGUUGACUGGACCAAUCUUGAGGUCGGAACCAAAAUGGAUACCGGCUAUAAAGGACUUCAUCACCAGGACCAUCGAGUGAUCUGGUCAGCCCUUGCCGAAGCGCUGCUCACAGCACAUCCUGGAGGAUUUCAAACAGCCUGUGCGGUGGGGUCCCAAAUGGCGUUUCGCUACCAGGAUGAGCUACGAGACUAUGGCGUGGAUGUCGUCUCAGAGCGACGACAGCAGGGUCAAGGGGAGGCUGAUGUUGACGAUCUGCUGCACGGCCACAUUCUAUCCCUCUGUGACUGUGGUGUCGCCGGUGUGGCGGGCUGGUUAGUGUUAGUGUCAGGCGAUGGCAACGAUAACCGAGCCGGACAAGGUAGCUCCUUUGCGCAGGUCGUGGACCGCUUGCUUGAGGCGGGCUGGAGCGUGGAUCUUUGGGCCUGGCGCGCCAGCUGCAGCGCUCGGUUGUUGGCCCGACUUACAGCAUCCGGCAAG